GUUUUUAUUUAGAUUCAAGUUACUUAACACAGUGUAAUAUUAUUUUCAGGUGCACGAUUUAGUGAUUCAACACUUAUCUACAACAUCUGGUGCUCAUUACAACAAAUGCCCUUCUUAGUCCCCAUCACAUAUUUAAUCAAUCCCCCCCCCCCAAUCUCCCCUCUGGUAACCAUCAUUUUGUUCUCUAUAGCCAAGAGUCUGUUUCUUGGUUUGUCUCUCUUUCCUCUUGAUCAUUUCUUUUGUUUCUUAAACUCCACAUAUGAGUGAAAUCAUAUGGUAUUUGUCUUUCUCUGCUGACUUAUUUCACUUAGCAUAAUAGUCUCUAGCUCCAUCCACAUCGUUACAAAUGGCAAGAUUUCAUUCUUUUUUAUGGCUGAGUAAUAUUCUAUUAUAUAUUCUAUUCUUUCUAUAUACUCCAUUAUAUUCAUAUGUACAUAAAAGAGCAGUGUGAAGAAGUGGGGGCAAGAAUGACCCCCAGACUGGCCAAAGCCCACACACCACUUCAUCCAUGUGCCCAGUGCCUAUGUCCCACCACUGUCACCACUAUGCCCAAGAGAAAGGCUGAAGGGGAUGUUAAAGGAGAUAAAGCCAAGGUGAAGGAUAAGCCACAGAGAAGAUCUGCAAAGUUAUCUGCUAAACCUAUUCCUCCAAAUCCAGAGCCCAAACCUAAAAAGGCCCCUGUAAAGAAGGGAGAAAAGAUUCCCAGAGGAAAAAGAGGAAAAGCUGAUACUGGCAAAUAUGGGAGUAACCCUGCAGAAAAUGGAGAUGCCAAAACAGACUAGACACAGAAAGCUGAAGGUGCUGGAGAUGCCAAGUGCAGUGUGUGCAUUUUUGAUAACUGUGUACUUCUGGUAACUGUACAGCUUGACAUCUAUUUUUUAUCAAGUUUUAUAAAAAUGUAGCAUAUAUAUACACACAUAUAUACAUACUAUAUAUAUAUAUGGCAUCUUCUUUAUCCAUUCAUGGUUGCAAUAACUUCUUACUAGAUAUGUCUCCUGAGGCAAGGGAAACAAAGGUGAAAAAUAAACUACUGGGAUUUCGUCAAAAUAAAGGCUUCUGCACAGCAAAGGAAACAGUCAACAAAACUGAAAGGCAACCUGCAGAAUGAGAGAAGAUAUUUGAGAAUGACAUAUCUGAUAAAGGGUUAGUAUCCAAAAUAUAGAAAUAACUUAUAAAACUCAACCCCCCAAAUAAUCUGAUUUUAAAAAUUGGACAGAGGACAUGAACAUUUUUCCAAAGAAGACAUACACCUGACCAGCAGACACAUGAAAAGACUUUCAAUAUCUCUCAUUAUCAGGGAAAUACAAAUGAAAACUGCAAUGAGAUAUCACCUCACUCCUGUCAGAAUGGCUAAAAUCAGCAACACAAGAAACAACAGGUGUUGGUGAGGAUGCGGAGAAAAGGGAAGCCUCCUAGACUCUUGGUGGGAGUGCACACUGGUGCCAGCCACUCUAGAAAACAGUAUGGAGGUUCCUCAAAAAGUUAAAAAUAGAACUACCUUAGGAUCCAGCAAUUGCACGACUGGGUAUUUACCCAAAGAAUACAAAAAAAUAUAUACUAAUUCCAAGGGAUACAUGUAUCCCUCAUAAUUUUUUUUGUGGGUGUUGUGUUUUUAAAAUGUGGAAUGUAGCUCUCAGGGCACCUGGAUGGCUCAGUAGGUUGAGUGUCGAACUCCUGAUUUUGGCUCAGGUCAUGUUCUCAGGGUCAUGGGAUAGAGCCCCAUGUCAUGUUCUGCACUUAGAGUGGAGCCUGCUUAAGAUUUUCUCUCUCUCUCCUUCCGCCCCUCUCCCCAAAUUGUGCUCUCUCUCUAAAAAUAAAUAAAUAAAUAAAUAAAUAAAUAAAUAAAUAAAUAAAUGUAACCCUUUUAGGAAAUCCUUCAUUUGGACCAAAAAAAAAAAAACUUUUGGGGCCUCAGGAACCUAGAAUUACAUUAAUCACACCCCUUGGUUUACAACUUGUUCUCAUCAUUGCCCAUGCAUGGAUGCUUUUAUUUGCAAAACCUAACACCUUAUCAAUAAACUGCAUCUGUCUUAUUUUCCCACCAACCCACCUCCUGUCUCAUCCAGUUCAAGGUAACCAUCCACCUGAAUCUUAUGUUCAUCAUGAAUAUUUUGUUCAUCAUUCCUUUGCUUUCAUUUUUAUGUAGUUUUGUUUUUAUGAAUAUUCCUAAAGACAGAGGGGGCAGAGAGAGAGAGAGAGACAGAGAGACAGAGAGACAGAGAGAGCACAACCAUGCAUGCAUAUAUCUGUUUGUUUCAAACUUUAUAAAGUGUUUCAGGCUGUAUGCAAUUUGAGGGGACUCAAUUUUUUUUCACUUAUUGCUAUGAUUAAUUCAUUUUGUUGGAUAUUAUAUCAUGGUAAUUAAUUUGUUUUUAUUGCUGCAUAAAACUCCAUUGGGUGAAUGUACCACAGUUAAAUUGUCUACUUUCUCUUUGAAGGCAUGAGGGUUUGUUGGUCUCUGCCCCCUGUUCCUGGCACAGAGCUCCCCAAACCCUUGUAAUUUUCUAAGGUAUAAGAGCACUAAGAAUAUCUUCUUCUAAUAUUUGUUUUUGACCCUAUCCCUGACACAGGGCUCCUGUAUAUUCUAUUGAAACAACUCAAGGUGGGUUCCUGGGAUGGCUCCUAGAUGGCAGCUAGUCACCAGAAAGACCAAGCCAUGAUUAGAAGCUUGGAAUUUUCAGCCUUACCUCCCUCCUCAUCUUCCAGUGUGGGGUGAGAAGCUGGGAAUAGACUUAAUAAUUGAUCAUGUCUAUGUGAGGAAGCCUCCACAAAAUCCCAAUAGUGGGCCCAGAGAACAUCCAGGUUGGAGAACACACCCUUAUACCAGGAGGGUGACAUACUAAAUCUCCACAGGGACAGAAGCACCUGCACUUAAGAUCCUCUCAGACCUUGCCAUAUGUAUAUCCUCAUCUGGCUAUUCAUCUGUGUUCUUUUUCAUAUCAUUUAAUAAACUUGUAAAUGUAAAUAAGUGUUUUCCUUAGUUGUGUGAGCUGCUCUAGAAAAUUAAUCAAACCUCAGGAAGGAUCAUAUGAACCUCUGAUGUGUAACCAAAUUGAAUAGAAGUUGUGGGUAACUUGGGGAUCUACUAGUUGUGAUUGGCAUCUGCAGGUGGGGGCAGUCUUGUGGGAAUGAAGCCUUAGUGGGGUCUGAUGCUACUUCCAGGUAGAUAGUGUUGGAAUUGAGUAAAAUUAUAGAACACCCAGAUGCCGUUGCAGAGAAUUGCUUGAUGUGGGGAAAACUCCGUAUGCAUUUGGUAACCAGAGUGUCAGAAGUCAAGUGUUAUGUAUGAGUGUGUUAGUGAUGUCAAAGGAGACACAUUGGAGAGGAACAUAGAAAGAAAGAACAGGAUUAUUCCCUACUGAAAAGAGAGAACUGUAGGGUUUCCCAACACAAAACUCUUUAUCUGGGUUUUGCUAUUAAGAACAGCUCUUAUUAUACAAGUGCAAAAUUUUAUUUUGGAAAUAGACUUACCCUGUGGAAGGAUGCAACUUGAAGGUAUGUGAAUGUUCAACUUAAGGAAGUAAAUGCAAACUCUUUUCUAGUAGUUACUUUAUACUGAACAGCAAUGCAUGGAAAAUGUUAUUGAAAUAUAGACUUGGUAUUUUCAGACUUUUUUAUUUUUCUCAAAAGGAUGGGUAUAAAAUGAUAUCUCAUGAUUGUGAUGUAUAAUUGACUGAUUAAUAGAGAAGAUUGAACAUUUUCUUAAUAUGUUUAUUGGCUAUAUGUUUCUUCUGGGAUAUGCCUGCUUAUUUCUCUGAUCUAUUUUUCUAAUUGGGCUGUUUGUACUCUUCUUAUUAAUGAGUAAAGGUUCUUUGUAUAUUACUAAUUCUAAUAUAUUAGUUGUAUCCAUUGUAAAUAUUUUCUCCAACUUUUUUACUUGUCAUUUCAUUCUUUAUGUUGGCUUUUGAUGAACAAAAAUUCUUACUUUUUAGUAUAGUC